AUGACAACACUUACCAGACACGACCUCGAAGUUCUCGAGAAAAUAAAGGAUCCUGAGUCGGGUCCUUCAAAUCCCCUCCUUAUCGAUGAUUCGCUUCCCAAAGACCCGCAUAUCAUCGAUCUUUCUACAUAUCAAGAAAUUGCGCAACGAGAACGAGAUAUCAUUCUCUCGAUGCAAGAUGUAGAACUUCAGAUGGCCGGGUUAAAGCCUCUUGCUGGACCCUCGCCGUUAUCUCAAUAUCACGAUUGCCUCCAGAGCUUGAAUGAUUUGAUUGAGGAAUGUCCUAAUUAUGCCAGUGCGAGGAACAAUAGAGCACAAGCAUUACGACGAAUGUAUGGCGAUUUGAUGUUGGUGAAGAGAUCCUCUAGCAAAGGAUCUGGAACUGAUGUAAACGAACCUUUGGAUACAGAAGCAUCUGAACCUACCAUAAAACUUGCAUCAUUCAACGCCUUAUCCGAUCUUGAUAAAGCGAUUUCACUGUUGGCUCCAAAGACGCCUUGGGCAUCAAUAUCUCCUCGAGCGGCAAAGACACUCUCCCAAGCAUUAACGCAACGAGGUGCUUUAUAUCAUCUAUCAGCUAAACAGCUUUCUUCUGAUACUGAAUCGAGUGUCAGAAUUGAUGAGCGGAGAAGGGAGGCGAAGUGGAAGACGAUAGAAUUUGAAGAGGCAGCAUCAAGAGAUUUCAUGACAGGUGGAAGAUAUGGUAAUGAGAUUGCAAAGGCACUAGCAGUGAGUGCGAAUCCGACGGCAAAGCUUUGUGGAGACAUGGUCAGGCAGGCAAUGAAGAGAGAGAUGGGUGGCGGUGAAAAUUGA